AUGUACAGUAGUCACAGAGAUAAUGAUAGUCUUAAAGGUAAUGAUGGUCUCAAAGGCACUAGUAGUCUCAGAGAUGGCUAUAGUCUUAGUAGUGGUGAUGGUCUUAGGAGUAGUAGUAAUUUUAGAGGCAGUAUUGUUCUAUAA